CAUCCAACAAAAAUCAUCUUUAUUGGCAAUAUAAUCAAUGAUUGUUUUGAAUCAUUAAAAUUUUAUCUAUUUCGUUUAGAAUAUUCAUUAAAUGAUUAUGAACGACAACGAAUUAAAUGGUCAUAUCAAACAUUUCGUCGAACAAUAUGGUUAACAUUAAAUUCAUGGAUUAAUAUUUUUUUCAAUAUUCAUUUAGCAUUGUUUCCAAGCAAUUUUCUUAUAAAAUUAUUUCAAUCAUUUGAACAAUUAUUUCAAUUUGAACGUAUUGAUUUAUUAUUACAAUUACAAAUAUUUACAUUUAUUAUACUUGAAUAUCCAUGGUUUAUUUUUUUCAAAAAAAUUUUACAUUAUAAUUUUCGUAUAAAUAAUUUAUUUUAUAAAUAUCGUUAUCAUUUUGAUGAUUAUCAAUUAGAAAUUCAAUAUCGUCUAUAUUUAAUUCGUUUGAUUAAUAUUGGUGAUUUUAUAACCAAAACAUUAAAUAUUGUAAUGGCUAUUGUUUUAUCUAUAUCCGGUAUAUUUGGUAUAACUAUUUUUAUUUUUUUAUAUUUUAAUAAUGAUAUAACCAUCGUUUUAAUGAUCAUCUAUAUUCCAUUAUUAAUAAAUCUUUUAUUACGUUCAUAUUAUCUUGUUGGACAAUUAUUUAAUAUUAUAAAAUAUGUUUUAUUUCUUAUUGAAUUAUUAAAAUUACAAAUCAAACAAAUAAUAUUAUAUUUACAAUUGAAAAUACGUUGUUAUCGUUUUAAUCUAUCGAUUUAUGGUCGAUUUUUACAUGGUUAUAAUAAAUUAAAUAAUGAUGUUUUCAUAUUAAAUCAAACGAUUAGUAAUGUUUUUUUCAGUAUUGAAACAAUGUCUAAAGUUACAUUUAUUUAUUGUAGUAUAUUUUUUAGUAAACAAAUUGAAAUGAAUUUAUUUAAUACAAUUAUUGUUAUCUAUUUUCUAUCAUUAUUUAUUUAUACAAAUGGUCUUUAUUCACGUGCAGCACAGCUACCACAUUAUAAUCGUCGUGGUUGUCUGUCGAUAAUGAAUUGGCUAGCAAGAUUACAAUAUCAAAAAUAUUAUGGACAUUCAUAUCGACCCUCACGUUUAUAUCGACCAUCACGUUUAUAUCGACCAUCACGUUUAUAUCGAUCAUCACGUUUAUCAAUUUGUAAUCAAAUUCGUUCGAAUUUUUUUGCACAAUCAAUGUCCGAAAAUCAUUUAGGUUUUAGUUGUGGACAAAUGUUUCCUAUUAUUAAAUUUAAAUAUCAUAAAAUACCGAAAUAA